AUGCCCAGAUCCAAGCGGUACGUUGUGCAAGCUGAUGAGCACGUUUCAUUACAAGGAUCACCACUUUCGCCUUGGUCAGCCACGGAGCCAUCGCUUCAUGAAUUGCACAUGGCGAAUGCGGAGAAGCUUGGACCCGGGCGUUAUAGGCUCGGCCCUCCAAAGAUCUUCUCACCUGCUGCGCUAGUUGUUGAUCGACUUCUGAAAACAUCAGGUCAGGGAUCAUCUGCUGAAUCCGAUGAGUCGCAUUCUACUCUGGCUCCCGAUAUCGCUUAUGUGAAGCUUUCAGCGAUGGCUGCGAAGCCUUCUCCGAGGAAGAGAGUUUAUUUUAAUGAUGUGCAACAACUGGAAGAACCGACGGCGAAAAAGUUAGUUCAUGAUGGGAAACAACUCGCUACGAAGUAUCAAGAUCCGUCGCUUAUUGUGUUGAGCAAGCCGUCGAAAGCGGGGAAGUCAAGUGAAAACCUUGUGGAACAUACCGAAGAACGACCAGAAAUGCUAAUGGAGCCGACAAUUGAUGUGGAUACCUACGAAGAAGUUACUGUAGGUGAGGAGUACUAUGAUGGAGCAGGGGCUACAGCUUCACCGUAUUUAUCGUCUGAAGGCCGCGAGAUCGCUGGACAUACUUACCGUGAACUGAAAGGAGAAAACAAUUAUCUUAAGGAGCAGCUCCAAGCGAGUAUGUUGAGAGUGAAACAGCUCGAGACACUACUUCUACAGCGAAAUGGCCAUGUGAAGAAGUUGGUGUCAGAGAACCUCCAACUAUCGAUUAAGUGUCGAAAACUGAUGUCUGCUUUGGGGGAAGAUGAAAUAAGAGAAGCAUUGUAA